UCAACCCUCGUCUCCUUUCUCUCUUUCCCCUCUUCUUGUGUGUGUAUAGUCACAUCGUUUGCUAUGGAUCCGAUUCUGUCUUUCACUUUCGAGCAGCAUCGCUUAGUUUGAUCACAACACCAAGAGUCUAUGAAUUUAAGUGCAUUUUAGCCCUUUUGAGCUCUUUCACUUGCAUGGGGUCAAGGAGGCCAAGGCAGCAUCCUGGUAGUGGUGAGGGCUCACAGGCUCCAGAGCCUGGUGGAAGAGGAGGCUCAGGGAGAGGUGGUCGUGCUCAUGGCGCCCCAUAUGCUCAACAGGUACUGCAAGGAGGUCGUGGCGGGAACCAGGGGCGGAGUGGAGGGCGUCAAUCUCGUGUUGAUGAAGCCCAGCAGCAACAGCAAAGGGGUCGUCCUGGAGAGUAUCCAGGGAGGGGACAGGUGCGUGGCGGAACACGGCCACAACAGUACCCCCGUGGUGGUAGAGGUGGGCAUGGGGCUGGCCUGCCAUCCACCGAGUCAUCAAGCCCUUUAGCUCCCGAGCUGCGCCAAGCAAUGGAACCUCCACAUGAGCUUGCUCAAGCCUCACCAAUGCGGGCAGGCCUGUCAGAAUCACCACCAGAGGCUUUGCCUGUCGAGUCUAGAGAGCAGCAUAAACAAGUGCCAGUGCAAGCUGAGGCUAGUGCAAGCCAGGAGAUUGUGCCUGCAAUUCCAUCAUCAAGCAAGUCAGUUAGGUUUCCUUUGCGCCCAGGAAAAGGUAGCAUUGGCACCAGGUGUUUGGUUAAGGCCAACCAUUUCUUUGCCGAGCUGCCAGACAAGGAUCUUCAUCAGUAUGAUGUCUCAAUCACUCCGGAAGUUACAUCACGGAUUGUUAGUCGGGCCGUAAUCAAGGAGCUGGUGAAUCUUUACAAGGGAUCUUAUUUGGGUGGGCGGCUACCAGCUUAUGAUGGUAGGAAGAGCCUAUACACAGCUGGCCCAUUGCCGUUUACUUCACAGGAAUUUCAGAUCACUUUACUUGAUGACGAUAAUGGCUCGGGUUCCGAGAGGCGACGUAGGAAUUUUAAAGUAGUUAUUAAAUUUGCUGCACGAGCCGACCUCCACCGCCUUGGGUUGUUUUUAGAUGGGAGGCAUGCAGAAGCUCCUCAAGAGGCAUUGCAAGUUCUUGAUAUUGUGCUGCGGGAGCUACCUUCAGCAAGAUAUGCACCAUUUGGCCGAUCGUUCUUUUCACCUGACUUGGGCCGAAGGCAGCCCCUUGGUGAUGGAUUAGAAAGCUGGCGUGGAUUUUAUCAGAGCAUUCGACCUACUCAGAAUGGCUUGUCACUGAACAUUGAUAUGUCAGCAACGGCUUUCAUUGAGCCAUUACCUGUAACUGAAUUUGUCAUGCAACUACUGAAUUCUGACAUUCACUCGAGGCCUCUCUCAGACGCCGAACGUGUGAAGAUCAAGAAGGCCUUGAGAGGAGUUAAGGUGGAAGUUACUCAUCGUGGCAACAUGCGGAGAAAGUAUCGGAUAUCUGGUUUAACUACUCAGGCGACUCGAGAGCUAACUUUUCCUGUUGAUGAAGGGGGCACAAUGAAGUCAGUUGUACAAUACUUCCAAGAGACUUAUGGCUUUGCCAUUCAACACACCUACCUUCCUUGCCUUCAAGUUGGCAAUCAGCAGCGUCCAAAUUACUUGCCUAUGGAGGUCUGCAAAAUAGUUGAAGGACAGAGAUACUCCAAGAGAUUAAACCAGAAUCAGAUAAGAGCUCUUUUGGAGGAGACAUGUCAGCAUCCGCGUGAUAGGGAGCGUGAUAUAAUUCGGAUGGUUAAACAUAACGCUUAUGAUAAGGAUGAUUAUGCACAAGAGUUUGGCAUUAAGAUUAGUGAUCAUCUGGCGUCAGUAGAGGCACGGAUUUUACCAGCUCCACGGCUUAAGUACAAUGAAAGUGGUCGAGAGAAGGAUUGCUUACCUAGAGUUGGUCAGUGGAAUAUGAUGAACAAGAAAAUGGUAAAUGGUGGUAAAGUCAAAAGCUGGAUGUGCGUCAAUUUCGCACGCAAUGUGCAAGAAAGUGUUGUUCGCGGGUUCUGUCAUGAACUUGCGGUGAUGUGCCAAGCGUCAGGAAUGGACUUUGCUCGGGACCCUGUUCUUCCACCUCUAAAUGCACGUCCUGAUCAAGUGGAAAGAGCUCUGAAUGCUAGGUACCAUGAUGCCAUGAAUGUUCUUGGACCCCAGCGCAAGGAACUUGAUUUGCUUAUUGGAAUACUACCUGAUAACAACGGCUCACUUUAUGGUGAUUUGAAGCGUGUCUGUGAAAUAGAUCUUGGAAUAGUUUCGCAGUGCUGUUGUACAAAGCAGGUGUUCAAAAUGAACAAACAAAUUCUUGCAAACCUUGCUCUGAAGAUAAAUGUCAAGGUUGGGGGCAGGAACACUGUACUGGUGGAUGCAGUCUCAAGGCGGAUUCCUCUGGUAACUGACAGACCUACAAUCAUAUUUGGUGCUGAUGUCACUCACCCUCAUCCUGGCGAGGACAGCAGUCCCUCAAUUGCUGCUGUUGUGGCGUCCCAAGAUUGGCCAGAAGUGACAAAGUAUGCUGGUUUAGUCUCUGCUCAAGCUCACCGGCAAGAGUUGAUAGAGGAUUUAUAUAAGGUUUGGCAAGAUCCACAGAGAGGAACAGUUAGUGGUGGAAUGAUAAGGGAGCUACUUAUAUCCUUUAAAAGAUCAACUGGUGAGAAGCCCCAACGAAUAAUAUUUUACAGGGAUGGUGUUAGUGAAGGACAAUUUUAUCAAGUUCUGUUGUAUGAGCUCAAUGCGAUCCGAAAGGCCUGUGCCUCCCUGGAAGCAAACUACCAACCAAAGGUGACUUUCGUUGUGGUUCAGAAACGCCACCAUACCAGAUUAUUUGCUCACAACCACAAUGAUAAGAAUUCAAUUGACAGGAGUGGGAACAUACUCCCUGGUACGGUUGUGGAUUCGAAGAUCUGCCAUCCUACUGAAUUUGACUUCUACUUGUGCAGCCAUGCUGGCAUCAAGGGCACUAGCCGUCCAGCACAUUAUCAUGUCUUAUGGGAUGAAAACAACUUUACUGCUGAUGCAUUGCAGACUCUUACCAACAAUCUCUGUUACACUUAUGCAAGGUGCACGCGCUCCGUAUCGAUUGUUCCACCAGCGUAUUAUGCUCACCUGGCUGCCUUCCGUGCCCGUUUCUAUAUGGAGCCAGAGACCUCUGACAGUGGUUCCGUGGCAAGUGGCCCUGUAGGCCGUGGUUCGCAAUCAGCAUCCCGUGGUACUCGUGCCCCUGGUGGUGCAGUUGUUAGGCAGCUUCCCGCUCUGAAGGAUAAUUUAAAGAGGGUCAUGUUCUACUGCUGAGGCUAGGGCCAUGAAAUGCCUCUUGUAUUGGCCUCUUGCCGCUUAUGCUUAUGGGUUGUAAAUACGGGGCGAGAUAGUAAUAAUCUGCCAGCUGCUAGUUUGCGCGUUGUACAAUGCUGCUUUGUUUCCUCGAGUACCAUAUGAUAGCCUAUGUAAUGUACUCAUGCUAUUGCCUUCAUGAAUCACGUACGCUGUAAUGCCCUGUGUCUGUAAUGGUAAUAUGCAUGCCAUUUAUGUAUGAGUCUGGUUAUGUGAA